AUGCGUUCCUUCAACACUUUGUUUCUGGCCCUUGCCAGCCUCGUACUGGCUGUUCAGGCUGCGUACUGGAUGGAACAGAUCCCCCACCAGGGUCUUGCUCCAUAUGCAGGGAACGGCUAUACGGUGUUCAGGAACGUGAAGGACUAUGGCGCCCGAGGUGACGGCGUUACAGACGACACAGCUGCCAUCAAUGCCGCCAUUACGGCUGGCGGGAACCGUUGUGGGAAAGGAUGUGCUUCUGCGACCAUCACUCCCGCUGUGGUCUACUUCCCAGCCGGAACAUACCUCAUUUCUUCUUCGAUCAUCCCUUAUUACUUUACUAUGCUUAUUGGAGAUGCUGGCAGUCCUCCGACUCUCAAGGCUACUGCAGGCUUCUCAGGAUUCGGUCUGAUCGAUGGCAAUCCCUACUGGUCGCAAGACCUGAACUGGGUUUCCGUGAACAACUUUUACCGCCAGAUUCGCAACCUUGUCAUCGACACGACGAAUGUGGCCCCUGGCACAGCAUGUACUGGUAUACAUUGGCCGACCUCUCAGGCUACAAGCCUGCAAAAUGUCAAGUUCAACAUGCCCACAGCCUCCGGUGUCGUGCAUGUUGGUCUGUUCAUUGAAUCCGGAAGUGGUGGUUUCCUGUCCGACCUCACCUUCAAUGGCGGUGCGACGGGUGCUUCCAUGGGCAACCAGCAGUACACCAUGCGGAACCUUGUCUUCAACAAUUGUGUCACCGCCAUAAUCAUGCUGUGGGAUUGGGACUGGACCUUUCAGGGCUUAAGUAUUAACAAUUGUGGGACUGGUAUCGAUAUAUCGGCUGGCGGCUCGUCUGGCCAGCAGGUUGGCUCCAUCAUCGUGGUCGACAGCACCUUCACCAACGUCCCCGUCGGCAUUGUCACCGCUUACACGGCUUCUGCGACCCCUGACACCGCGGGUAGUCUUAUCCUGGAGAACAUCAACCUUUCCAACGUCCCGGUUAUGGUGCAACAAAGCGGAUCCACCGUCAUGGCCGGCACGGCCGGAACAACCACGGUCGCCGCCUGGGGCCAGGGCCACAGCUACACCUCGACCUCCGGUCCAAACGAGUUCCAGGGCAUCAUCACUCCGAACUCGCGACCCGCAGCGCUCCUGGGGUCCGGGGGCAGGUACUACACACAGGCCAAGCCACAGUACGAGGCGCUCAGCGCGAGCGACUUUGUCAGCGUGCGUAGCUCUGGCGCUGUGGGCAAUGGGGCGACCGAUGACACCGCCGCUCUGCAGAACGCUAUCAACUCCGCCGCCGCGGCCGGAAAGGUGGUAUACAUCGACUACGGAUUGUACCUCAUCACCAGCACGCUCAAGAUUCCACCGGGCUCCAAGAUCGUUGGCGAGACAUGGCCCGUGAUCAUGGCCUCAGGUAGUUACUUUUCCAAUAUUAACGCGCCGCAGGUGGCCGUGCAGAUCGGCACAAGUGGCCAGACCGGGUCCGUCGCUCUGAGCGACUUCAUCGUCUCCGGAAAGGGCGCGGUUCCGGGCGCGAUUAUGAUCGAGUAUAACCUUGCCAGCCCCGCGGGUAGCCCGAGCGGUCUCUGGGAUGUGCACACGCGCAUUGGCGGCUUUACCGGUUCUGAUUUGCAGGUUGCGCAAUGCCUGAAGACGCCCGGGUCUUCGACCAUCAACAAUGCGUGUAUUGGGGCUUACAUGAGUAUGCAUGUCACCAAGGCGAGCAGUGGCUUGUAUAUGGAGAAUGUGUGGCUUUGGACCGCCGACCACGACAUCGACGACCAGGCCAACACGCAGACCAACAUCUACGCAGGCCGCGGACUGUUGAUCGAGUCGACGGCCGGGCCUGUCUGGCUGUACGGCACGGCGGUGGAGCACCACACAUUGUACAACUACCAGCUCUCUGGCGCAAAGAACGUGUACGCGUCGCAGCUGCAGACCGAGACGCCCUACUUCCAGCCGCACCCGAACUCGCUCUCGCCGUUCGCUCCCAACUCGGCCCUGGGCGACCCGACCUUCGACUGCACUGGCGUCAGCGGCAACUGCGCCAUGGCGUGGGGCCUAAGGGUGGUUGGAUCUUCUGAUGUGUUCCUAUACGGGGCCAACCACUAUUCAUUCUUUAACGACUAUUCUACGACGUGUUCGACCUUCUCAGCCGGCCAGACGUGCCAGGCGAAGAUCGUGGGCCUACAUGGCACCAACAGCAACAUCAACAUCUACAGCCUCAACACGAUCGGCUCCAUCAGCAUGCUGGACAACUCGGGCACCACGGUGGCCCGGUUCUCGGACAACGAGAACGUCUAUCCGAGCACUGUUGCCUUGUUCAGGCUCAGCUAG